GCCGUCAGGACAUCCCUUCGUAGGGAGCUCCGAAGGCAGUGAAGGCGUUUUAUAAGUAUCUAUAACGGGCCGCCAUCACCUCGCUCUUGUGUAUGUGCUGAUCGACUACUUUCCAUCUCACCUUCCCUUUUCGGGAUCUCGUCGGUCAUCAAAGUCCGUGUUGACUCGUACCACUCGCCCAACAUGCGUCACACGACACUCUCACCCCUUCUAUCCUCUCUCCUCCUGGUUGGAAGACUGGCCACGGCUGCACCCGUGGUCAACGCCGAUGGGGAUUGCGUCCCGUAUACCAUUUGCGUCGACGGCGUCAACGCAUGCGGAAUCAGAUGGGGCGAAUGCUACAAUGUCUGUGACGCCUCAGCUAAGCCCGUUGCGCCGCCUUGCCCGGGCACGGAGGAACCCCCGUCGCCCACCACCAGGGUCACUACCAAGGUGACCACCCUCGAGCCCAAACCCACGACUACCAAGGCAAGCACAACCAAGGGACAUACCGUCACAAAGACCGUCAAGCCCCCAGUCACCCCAACCCCGACCAAAUUCACUACCAGUACCACCAGGCCUUCCAGCACCUGCAGCACCGACGUCACGGUCUGCUGGGACGGCAUCAACGAAUGCGGCAUGAUGUACGGAGGAUGCUUUCCCGACUGCAAGCCGUGGCCCACCUUCACGCCUCCGCCGUGCCCGACCACCACCACCAAGCAGACCCCGACUGUGAUCACCAGUGUUACGAUGCUGCCAAUCUUGACGGUGCCGCACCCCUAAUGUGAGUGUGAGAGAGAGGGGGAGAGAGAGAGAGAGAGACCGAAUGCCGUGUGUCCUUGCGAAGGGGUGAAGGGGAGAUAUCAAGUCUCUCUGCAUCCGUGAGUCCGGAUCGCACAACAGUAGCGCUCUUUCCUUGCCGC